AUGGAAAGAAAGAAGAAGAUUACAUUACCAUUACGAAAAAUCGAGCAUAGAUCUUAUAUCUUCAGGGGAUAUUCUGCUGUUUUGUUUGUCACCUCAUUUCCUUCGCCGCACGGUCGAUUCGCACCUCCGUCCUCGCCGGUGGUGGUUGUGUGUGACUUCGUCCUACUUUACUUCAUCGGCAUUAUUCUGAAUAUUGUGAAUAUCUGCGAAUGA